GACUUUUAUAAGUAAUUGAUUGGUUAGGCAUAGGCUGUAUCUGUAUGUAUCAUAUUUAAUAUCCUAGUCAUCAAUUGUCUCCUUCCAUUCCAUAUUUUUUGUAUAUAAAAAGUCACUAGACCUUUAACCCCUUUGUGCCAUAUUCCAUACUUCCUUGUUCCUUCUAUUGGUAUCAUUUUCAUUUCACCACUCAUACAUAUAUCCAAAUGAGUACUCUCCCUCAAACUCAGGAUCAAACCAUUCAAGAUGCAUGGGACUAUAAGGGUAGUCCAGCUGAAAGGUCCAAAACUGGUGGUUGGGCAUCAUCUGCAAUGAUUUUAGGAGUAGAAGCAUGUGAGAGGUUAACAACAAUGGGCAUAGCUGUAAAUUUGGUGACAUAUUUAACUGGUACUAUGCAUUUAGGAAAUGCUUCCUCUGCUAAUAUAGUAACCAAUUUCAUGGGAACCUGUUUUAUGCUCUGUUUACUUGGUGGUUUUGUAGCCGACACUUUUAUUGGAAGAUACCUCACCAUAGCCAUCUUUGCAACUGUUGAAGCAAUUGGUGUGACAAUCUUGACAAUAUCAACAAUAAUUCCAAGCCUCCAUCCACCAAAAUGCACACAUAACAAUCUCAAAUCAUGCGAACCAGCAAACAACACUCAACUAACAGUUCUAUACUUAGCUCUAUACGUAACAGCACUUGGAAUCGGAGGUUUAAAAUCAAGUGUUUCUGGUUUUGGUUCCGACCAAUUCGACGAUUCAAACGAAGUUGAAAAAAAUCAUAUGGUGAAAUUCUUCAACUGGUUUUUCUUUUUCAUAAGUAUUGGUUCAUUAACAGCAGUGACAAUUCUUGUUUACAUUCAAGAUCAUGUUGGAAGAGAUUGGGGUUAUGGAAUUUGUGUUUGUGCUAUUGUUGUUGCACUUUGUGUGUUCUUGUGGGGAACAAAAAGGUAUAGGUUUAAGAAACUUGUUGGGAGUCCUUUGACUCAAAUUGCGGUGGUUUAUGUUGCGGCGUGGAGGAAAAGGAAGCUGAAAUUGCCGUUAGAUUCGUCGUCGUUGUAUAAUUUGGAUGAUGUUGAAGAUGAAAUGGUGAGGAAGAAGAAACAAAUGUUGCCACAUAGCAAACAAUUUCGAUUUUUGGACAAGGCAGCAAUCAAGGACCCAAAAACAGAUGGUAAUGAAAUCAAUGUACCAAAAAAAUGGUCUCUAUCAACCUUAACAGAUGUUGAAGAAGUAAAAUUAGUCCUAAGAAUGUUACCAAUAUGGGCUACAACAAUAAUGUUUUGGACAGUAUAUGCACAAAUGACAACAUUUUCAGUAUCACAAGCAACAACAUUAAACCGUCACAUAGGAAAAUCCUUUCAAAUCCCACCAGCAUCACUCACUGCAUUCUUCAUUGGUAGCAUCCUCUUAACAAUCCCAAUUUAUGAUCGUCUCAUCGUUCCUAUAACAAGAAAAAUCUUCAAAAACCCACAAGGAUUAACCCCUUUACAAAGAAUUGGAGUUGGUUUAGUUUUUUCAAUUUUUGCAAUGGUUGCAGCUGCACUCACUGAACUAAAACGUAUGAAAAUGGCACAUUUACAUAAUUUGACACAUGAUCCUCAUUCGGAGAUUCCUAUGAGUGUGUUUUGGUUGGUCCCACAAUUCUUUUUUGUGGGGUCAGGUGAAGCAUUUACUUAUAUAGGACAAUUGGAUUUUUUCUUAAGGGAAUGUCCUAAAGGGAUGAAGACUAUGAGUACAGGGUUGUUUUUGAGUACAUUGUCUUUGGGAUUUUUCUUUAGUUCAUUGUUGGUUACUUUGGUUCAUAAAGUGACAGGUCAGCAUAAGCCAUGGCUUGCAGAUAAUCUUAAUCAAGGGAAACUCUAUGACUUCUAUUGGCUUUUGGCUUUGUUGAGUUGUGUGAAUUUGGUUAUAUACUUGAUUUGUGCUAAUUGGUAUGUUUAUAAGGAUAAAAGACUAGCUGAUGAAGGUAUAGAAUUAGAGGAUGCAGAUACAGCUUAUCAUGCAUAGGUUUUCCUUUUUCUUAGUAUUUGUAACAAAUUAAUUAAUAAUAUACAUCUUUUAAGUUUUCUUAUAA